CAUGUGGCCUGACCGGGCAUGGAACCGGAUCCUAGGUGGAUGCCCAGCUUCUGAGCCCAGCCGGCCAGGCCCGCCUUGAUUUUAGUUUCUCCCUUUUGGGCAGGGACAACUAAAUCUUUAGCCUCCUGGCCAGCCGCUUCGGGGCUCUGCCUUUGCUCCCCCUUUCCCUUUGCUUGCACUUCCCUGUGUGCAGAUCGCCUGCCCUCUCGGCUGUUUCCAGGCUGCAGGAGCCCUGGCUCCUCCUCUGCCGCCGGUCGGGGCUGACCUCCCGCAGGUGGGCCCGCCUGCACGGGUUGUGUAAUCCAGCUCCUGGCCUGGAGAAAACAAGAACCAUGGCCACCGGGAGCGUUGCCUCCGAGAUGAUAGAAAGGGAACGAAAGCAGCUGCUGGAAAUCCUCCAGCAAGAUCUCGAUUCGAUCCUGGACUCCUUAACCUCCCGCAGGCUGGUUUCCGAGGCCGAGUACGAGACUCUGGAGGGUACUGCUGACCCGCUGAAGAAAAGUCGGAAGCUGUUGAUUUUGAUUCAGAAAAAGGGAGAAGACAGUUGUCAGCAUUUCCUCAAAUGUUUGUUUAGUACUUUUCCAGAGGCGGCGACCGUUUGGGGCUCCAGGCACGAAUUUCUAAAACAUGAGAAUAUAGAACCUGCUCCACCGUCGGGGGUAAGCAAGGAUCCAGAAGCUCGAUCUUCGCCGGCAGAGCAGCAGCCUGAGGAUUCUGAGAGCACGGUGUCCUUCGAAGAGGAAGAACAGCUGGGCCUGGAGCCCUCCGGGAGGGUCACGGACAAGAAAAGGAGCGACGGGGAAGCGGCCUGGCCGUCAGGGGGAGAUGAGGACGAGCUCCCCGCGGCCGAGAGCCCGGAGGGCGCGGUCCCAGAAACCAUGGCUUAUGUGCUGGACCAGCAGAGAUACGAGCCCGACGCUUCUUUAUACUUGGGGAGCGAGGAGUAUCUAGACUGGCUGCUGUACUCCGAGGGCGCCGGGCCUACAGAAAGAAAAAAGGUGUUUAAGGAUGUCCUGUCCUGUUUGAACUUGGAUAGGAGCAGGAAGCUCCUGCCCGAUUUUGUUGAGCAGUUCUCCUUAGACCGGGGCUGUAAGUGGACGCCCGAGACUCCGGCAGACUUGGCCUGGAAUUUCCUGAUGAAAGUUCAAGCCCUGGACGUGGCGGCCAGAGACUCAAGCCUUGGGGACGGGGCUCUGAGUGAGGGUAGCCAGGGGGACCUGCGAACCGGAGCAGAGAGUCUGGAAAUGAGGGGCGCACAAACCGUGAACCCCCUGGACGUGCUCUGCGCCUCUCUGCUGUGCUCCGACGGCGCUUUGCAGCGCACAGUCAUGGCAGGCCUGCAUCGGUGCCGGUUUGCCCUCCCUCUGCUCCUGCCAGAUGCCGAGAACAACAAGAGCAUCUUGCUGCUGGGGGCCAUGCAAGGCAUUGUGAAGGGGCAGCCGGCGCCGCCUUCUGGGGGGCCGGCGGGGGGCGCCCAAAGGCCCCUGACUCUCUGGAAGAUGCCUGUCAUCUCCUUCGUGCGUCUGGGAGACUGCAGCUUCUCCAAGUCCAGGAUCCUCAACGCACUGCUGAGCCCGGCCCAACCGAAGCCGCACAGGACCUUCCUCCACCAGGACCUGCCUGCCCUGGCGCCCCCCCGGCGGAUCUCCGACGGCCUGGUGGAAAUCGCCUGGAGCUUUCCCAGUGGCCAGGGUCCAGAGGAAAACCCUCAUCUUUUCCGAGAGCCAGUUGCCGUGGCCAACCUCCGUGGGGAUCUGGAAAGUUUUUGGACACAAUUUGGUUUCUUGGUGGAAGUUUCCUCCGCUGUGUUCUUCUUCACCGACUGCCUGGGUGAAAGGGAAUGGGACCUGCUCAUGUUUUUAGGAGAAGCUGCCAUCGAAAGAUGCUACUUUGUCCUCAGUCCCCAGGCCAAGGAGAGUGAAGAGGCUCAGAUGUUCCAGAGGAUUCUGAAGUUGAAGCCGUCACAGCUACUGUUUUGGGAGGAGGAGAGAGCUGGGGAGCAAGGGAGGAACAUGAAGAGCCUCCGAGCUGCCCUGCAGGAGGUGAUGUCCUUGUCGCUUAGACAUGUGUCCGUGGAGGACAUGGCCUCCCUGGCAAGGGAGCUGGGGAUCCAGGUAGACCAAGACACUGAGGCCGUUCAAGGAAUUCAAGUUGUCCCUGGUGAAAACGUGGCUGUAAGAGUUGAAGAUGAAGGUCAACAAGGACGCAGCCAGCCAGAGAGCUCAUCCGAAAGGCCCGCUGAGGUGCCUGAGAAAGAGCCUGGAGCUGGAGGCGAGCUCAGCCGGGCGCUUCAGGAUUUCCACCUCGCCCCAGUAUCCCUGCCUCCUCUGUACCACCCCUGUCCCUUCCCAAUCGGGAUGGGAGGCCACUUUAACCGCGUUCCUCUGAAAGCCCCUUGGGCUGCGGGCUUCCACCCUCGGCCACAGCAGAAGUGGUUCCGUCUUCCACCCUUCCGGAAUUCAAGGGCCCAUCAUCGAGGCAGAAGUUUUGGGGCCCAGUACUUCCAGCCCCAGAGGUUUUGUUUAGGUGAAAGGUUUAUGAAAUUUUCGGGACCUGCUCGGGGACAUCACAUGGGUGGACUGUUUGUGAGACCACCAAGGCCCAUUUGGCGGCACGUACAGGCCUGGCCUGGCAGACCGCAGACAAUGAGAGCUUGUGAUAGGUCUGCCAUGGCCUCCCAGGUAGGUCACCUCCAUUCACAGCCAGCAGGACCAGCUGGGAAGCCACAGCCGAUGCCAGGCCACGGCCGGGGAACACAGCCAUCUGAAGCAACUGGAAAAGUUGGGAGAACAGCAUCCCGGGCUAUGAAUCCUCACUAUCGAGCCUUUCAGCCAGCAGGAGUCAUCCAAAGACCCCUAAGACCCGCCUUUCCGCAGGGAUUCAAGCUGAAGACGCAAGGUGGGCCUUUAAAUCCAGCUGGCCAAAUGGGCCCCCAUCCCAUGUCCAACAGCAAGUUUACACCCAGCUCUCCAUUCAGUCAGCCCAAGCCAUCGCAAGGCAAGCAUCCCCAGGCCAAGCCCCCCCAACCUGUGCCCUCUCAACCCAAGCCCACUCAAACAAAACCCACUCAGCCGCAGCCCUCCCAAGCUAAAUGCCCUCCAUCCAAACCCACUCAGGCCCAGCCAUGCAGACCCCAGUCCUCCCGAUCUACGCCUUCUCAGCCCAGACCUACUCAACCCAAGUCAUCACCAGCCAGUUCUUCACAGNGCAGACCCCAGUCCUCCCGAUCUACGCCUUCUCAGCCCAGACCUACUCAACCCAAGUCAUCACCAGCUAAGGCCUCCUACCCAAGAGCAGGGCCCAAGAGAGGCGGGAAGCGUUAAAGUGCUGACUCCAGAGACCUGCGAAAUGUGUCCGUUACUCAGGCCAUUCUGAUCACACAGUAGUAACCUGAAGAAGGGUGGCAGUGAUGGGAAGAGAUUCCUAUCAUCAGAAAAGGAGAUAUGCACAGCCUAAUUGCAUAUCAUUAAACGAUCUGUGAGAAUUGUGUCCCUAACAAAGAGGAAAAAUACGAAAAGAAUUUAGAACAGAAUCGAGCAGUAAAUAAAUUAAUUGAAUCCUACCUUGAGUUGUAGGUAAUAUAAAACCUGAAUCCGGGGAAUGGCCUCACAGCCCCACUUGGGGGAAGAAUGGGCUUGGAAUCUCCAUUUGCAAAGAGAUCAUAAACUAGGGCUCAGGUUGCCUCGGUGUUGCAAAUAAAAUUGCCUUAGAUGUUGGCUGCUCCAGACGUGUCUUGGUCAAAAUUUUUGGUUUAAUAUCAGCCACUAAGCAGACAAACCCUGUUUGUUUGGGAUAAAUCAGUUUGCUUGUGAUUACAGCCUUAAUUUGCUUGGAUGGUAAAACUCUCUCAUUUGACCCUUACAUAUAGAAAUAAUGAACUCUCGACCAGUAAAAUUAAUUAUUUUUCAUUAACUUUAAGAGUGAUCUGUGUAUGUUUCAUAUUUUAAAUGUUUGUAAUAAGUAAGAUAAUUUGGCGUAUUCUUGGAGGAUCUCCUAUGUUAGUCUCAUGAUUUCAGUGCAAAAUGUGUAAUUUAAGUUUUUAAUGUUAGAGUUGUUAUUUUUUAAGAUGAAAAGAUUAAGAUCUGUUUACAAAGUUUGUUAGAAGCAUUGAAAUAUUUAAGAGAACUUAAAAUUCACAGAAUUUGCAAUUUUAAUUUAUUGGAUUUACUUUUGUCCCAAACAUUUUGCUAAGUUCUGCUAGUUCAAAGCAUUAAAUAAAAGGACUAUAUUAAUUUUAAAUAUC